UCAUUGUUUCUUGUUAAAGCUGAGUUAGAAAACAUCCUUCUUGAUUUAUAUCAACAUAUUAAAAGCAGAGGAUUUUCAGUUAACUUUGAAACACUGAGGCCGUGUUUUCAGUCCACUCCUGCAGUCUGGUCCAUAAAUCUCUCAGAGAGAAAGACCUCCAGCCUCCUGGAAGUGCUGAAACUCCAACCAGAGAAGAAACAAGUGAAGCUGACAGGCUGCUCACAUGAAGAGAGUGAAUUGAGGAGUUUCCUGCAGUGUCUGCCUUAUAUCUCACAGCUCAGUGUUGACACUAGCUGUUCAGAUAAAGAAACCAGGUUCUUUGGGAAUCUGUUCUGUGCAGCAGCAGAGAGAGAACAGCAGACAGGAGAGGAGAUACUGGAGCUGUUAUCAUCAGUGUGCAUAUAUAAAACAUUCCCUCUGAAAUGGAAAUGGUGUGAUUUUCUCAUGGACCUGUACUCUUAUAAGACUAAAAAAGGCUUGAGUGUCCUUCCAUCAUUACAGUCAGUUUUCCAGUCAACUCCUGCCGUCUGGUCCAUAAACCUCUCAGAGAGAAAGACCUCCAUCCUCCUGGAAGUGCUGAAACUCCAACCAGAGAAGAAACAAGUGGAGCUGACAGGCUGCUCACAUGAAGAGAGUGAAGUGAGGAGUUUACUCCAGUGUCUGCCUUAUAUCUCACAGCUCAGUGUUAUUCCGUGGAAGUUAGAUGAAGAAAUCAGGUUCUUUGGGGGUGUGUUCUGUGCAGCAGCAGAGAGAGAGCAGCAGACAGGAGAGAAGAUACUGGAGCUGUUAUCAUCAGUGUGCAGAUACAAAGGAUUUCCUGUCAAACAGAAAUUGUGUGAUUUUCUUGUGGAUCUGUACUCUUAUGAGACCAAAACAGGAUCGAGUAUUCUUCAUUCAUUACAGUCAAUUUUCCAGUCAGCUCCUGCAGUCUGGUCCAUAAACCUCUCACAGAGAAAGACCUCCAUCCUCCUGGAAGUGCUGAAACUCCAACCAGACAAGAAACAGGUGAAGCUGAUAGGCUGCUCACAUGAAGAGAGUGAAGUGAGGAAUUUCCUUGAAUGUCUGCCUUAUAUCUCAAAACUCAGUGUUGUUCCUUGGUGGUCAGAUCUUUAUGAAGGAACCAAAAGAACCUUGAUUAUUCUGUUCUGUGCAGCAGCAGAGAGAGAACAGCAGACAGGAGAAAAGAUACUGGAGCUGUUAUCAUCAGUGUGCUCAUAUCAAACAUUCCCUUUUAAUGACAGAGACAUUUCUGAUGAAUAUCAGUGUGACUUCUUGUUGGAUCUGUACUCCCAUAUGAAGGCCUAUGAGUCUAAAACAGGCUUGAGUGUCCUUCCAUCAUUACAGUCAGUUUUCCAGUCAGCUCCUGCAGUCUGGUCCAUAAACCUCUCAGAGAGAAAGACCUCCAUCCUCCUGGAAGUGCUGAAACUCCAACCAGAGAAGAAACAAGUGGAGGUGAUAGGCUGCUCACAUGAAGAGAGUGAAGUGAGGAGUUUCCUUGAAUGUCUGCCUUAUAUCUCACAGCUCAGUGUUCAUCCUCCAGUAGAAUUUUAUAAAGAAAUCAGGUUCUUUGUGAAUCUGUUCUGUGCAGCAGCAGAGAGAGAACAGCAGACAGGAGAGAAGAUACUGGAGCUGUUAUCAUCAAUGUGCAGCUUUGAAACAUUCCCUCUAAAUAACAGAGACAUGGGUGUUGAAGAAAAUGAAUAUCAGUCUGACUUCCUGCUGGAUCUGUACUCCCAUGUGAAGGACUGUGAGACUAAAACAGGCUUGAGUGUCCUUCCAUCAUUACAGUCAGUUUUCCAGUCAGCUCCUGCAGUCUGGUUCAUAAACCUCUCAGAGAGAAAGACCUCCAUCCUCCUGGAAGUGCUGAAACUCCAACCAGAGAAGAAACAAGUGGAGCUGAGAGGCUGCUCACAUGAAGAGAGUGAAGUGAGGAGUUUCCUGCAGUGUCUGCCUUAUAUCUCACAGCUCAGUGUUGCUCCUCUGAGGUCAGAUCUUCAUGAAGCAGUCAGGUUCUUUGGGAAUCUGUUCUGUGCAGCAGCAGAGAGAGAACAGCAGACAGGAGAGAAGAUACUGGAGCUGUUAUCAUCAGUGUGCACAUAUCAAACAUUCCCGUUUAAUGAGAGAUACAUGGAUGAUGACUAUCAGUGUGAUUUCCUGCUAAAUCUGUACACCAAUGUGAAGGACUGUGAGAAUAAAACAGGCUUGAGUGUCCUUCCAUCAUUACAGUCAGUUUUCCAGUCAGCUCCUGCAGUCUGGUCCAUAAACCUCUCAGAGAGAAAGACCUCCAUCCUCCUGGAAGUGCUGAAACUCCAACCAGAGAAGAAACAAGUGGAGCUGACAGGCUGCUCACAUGAAGAGAGUGAAGUGAGGAGUUUCCUGCAGUGUCUGCCUUAUAUCUCACAGCUCAGGCUUUCCAUCGACAUGUCCUUGCUCCUGUUUCAGUGGGUAAGAAGAGGCAGAGUGGUCUGUCCACUGGCUGUGGAAGAGCUUUCUCUUGUGCCUAAGAAAGCCCGACCAUCACAGAGAGUGAUGUUGAGGGCUGUCAGUAGUUUGGCUUCCCUGCUGAGAUACUGGACAGUCGGACGGUUGGACCUGACUGAGAGCUGCAUCCCUGCUCAGGGUCUGAUUACACUGCUGCUCCAUGAUGGUCCUCUAACAGUCAAACUGAGUGAAGAGAGCUUCCAGCAGCUUCUGUGUCUCCUCCAUGAAAUCCAGGACAAGGACUUGACGUUGUCCUUCUUCAGUAAGGUUGGUGGAGACCUGACCUCCUGCUGUCUGAACUGGGAGCUUCUUCACUAUCUGCUGCAGCAGGCGUCAGCUCAGACCAUCACUGUGAACCUGAGGAAGAACCUCUUCUUACAGGAGGAAACCACACGUCUGCUUCCCUUUCUGGACAGGAUUGUGUUUAAAAGGCCCAGUCCCAGCUUUGUGAUGAGCUCCAUCAGAGAGCUCUACAGAGCUCAUGACAGUCACGCUGUACCCAGUUUACUGAGGUCACUUGGUCAUGUGAUCAACCUGAGCUGCAGAGAGCUGGACUCAGUGGACUGUGCUGCUCUGAUCUUCAUCCUCAAACACGGAGACAGAGUCAAACUGAACCUCCUGUGGACCUCCAUACCAGCAGAGGGAGCAGAGUCCAUCCUCUUCAUGCUGGACAACGUUUCUCAUCUCAGUGUUGACAGGAAUCAGCUGCUGAGGUUCAUCCACUGCUGUGCUGCCUGUGACGUCCAGCAGGAGGCAGCGUCAGGCCUGCUGAGGACUCUGCAGCACAGCUUGGAUCUGUCCUGCUCCUCCUGUGUGGAGCUACCAGAGGAGGAUCAGCCUGAGCCUCUGAGUCUGACCGCUGAUGACUGCAGGGCCGUCUCCACCAUCCUGACACACAGCAGCCGGGACACACAGCUCGACCUGCGAGACUGUGAGGUGGAGGACAGCGUGCUGGACCUGCUGUUUCCUGUCCUCCACAGAGUCCGCCUCAGAGUCAGUAAAACUGUCCUCCUCCAGCUGCUGUCUCUGGUUCCUGUGAACAGUGAGAGGGACACAGUGAGGCGGGCGGUGUCCCUGUGUAGAGCCCUGGGUGGAGAGCUGGAUCUCAGUCACAGCACGCUGGAUCAGAGGGUCUGUGGGGCUUUGGUCCAGAUGCUGGACUCGUGUGAAGGGCUGACAGAGCUGGACCUCAGUCACUGUCAGCUCACUGACCAGCUGCUGCUCCCUCUCAUCACACAUCUGCACAAAGUCCAAGUCCUGGAUCUGAGUCACAAUCAGAUCACUGAUGCUUCGACUGAUGUGUUACUGCAGCUGCUCUCCAUCAACCCCUCCAUCGACUGUGUGCGACUCUACAGCAACAACAUCGUGCACAGAGCAGCCUUCAAGGAACACAAGCAGUUUGAGAUCUGGUGAAGCACUCGUCACCAUCAUCAUCAUCAUCAUGAACAUCAUCAUUAUCUGGGAUUCACUGGUUUCCUCUGUUCUUGUCAUCAUUACAUGAAAAUAGUGGGUGGAGUGGGAGCACUGAUACUGUGUUCAUGGACUCAGUGUAAUGUUGUAGUGUACGACACAUUGACAUUAGAUCAGAUGGGUUUUGAAGACCAUCUUAAUUUUUUUUCUUUUUUCUACAAUGACUUGAAGACAGUUUAUAUGGAGACAACGAGCAGCCAACAGUGUUUGUUUCAAUUACCCACUGUUGCUUUUGUUUCUGAGCUACUGCAGAUUUUUCUUUGAUGAAGGUCAGAUGUCUAACUGGUCAUGUGAUGAUGUAACAGUCCUGGGUCUUGAACCCACAAUUUUGAGUUUUGCAUUCUCGGUCUAAUCUUUUGGAUUUCAAGUCUUUAUUUCCCCAUGCAGUUACUUCCUGUUUUAUUUUGAUAGUCAUUUGUCUGUGUUCCUUUUGUUUGCUUGUCCUGAUUGGUUUCAGCUGUGUCUCAUUCCCUUAAUCUGCCCACUUUUAUAUUUACCUGUUAAACCUGAGAGUCCUGCAUACUGGCCUUGCUGAAACUUGCCAGAUGAUCAUCUUGAUGUUUACACAUCUGAUAUUUCUGUAAUAAUUGUGAUUCUGUUAUUUUAUUAUUGAGACAAAACACAGAAGCCAUCACCAUUUAUCAGUGCAGUGAGUCGGUCAUAUUUAUUAUUUGUACUUUUGUGAUAAUGGUAUUUAUUCUGGUCUACAUGCUUCAACAGGACAAAGUAGAGAGACUCUAUAAUGAUGUCUCAGAUUAACGAUGCAAUAAGUGAGCAAUCAGGAUAAAACCGUGUUUGGUACUUUAACAUAACUGGAAGAAAUGAUCAUAAACAUGUAAAUCAUUUUUAGUUUGUAUUUCAUGUUAAGAGAUACAUGUGAUAAUGAUCAUUUUCUGUCCUCUUUCUGUCUCAUUUAUAAUGAGGGGUGGCUGUAGCUCGGGGUAGAGCAGGUCAACUACUAAUAUAAAGGUUGCUGGUUUGAUCCCUGGCUGCUCCAGCCUGCAUGUCAGAUGUCCUCAGGCAAAAUGCUAACCCCAAGUUAAGCACAGAGAAAGUACCUGUAUGAAUGUGUGGAUGAGGCAUGUUGUGUAAAGUGCUUUGAGUGCUCCAGGAGCCCGUUCUUCGUACCUCGCUAAGUAAGUUAGCUGGAUUUGAUUGUUG